UAAUGCCUUUGAUAAUGAUUCUAAUGAAAUCAAAAACUAUUUAUUACUAUAUUUAUAUGUUCAAUACUUAUUACCUCAGUAAUAACAAUUUAGUCCAUGAAUAUUAUUUCACGACAAUCGAAUAUAAACCGAAAGUAGGAAUUCCCUGGUCGACUAAAGUCCAAAAGGUCACAACUUUCCGAACGUUAAUUGAAUAUAAUUAAGAAAACAGAGAUGAGUACCUACGAAAACUACGAAAGUGUUUCUAAGACCUAUGAUGACCAGCGAAAAGCAAUGGGCAGUGACGUCAUCGCGGGCAUGAUACAACUCUACUGCAAAAAGCCGCUCAGUGAAUUGCACGUGCUAGAUGCCGGUUGUGGAACGGGUAACUACGCUCGUGAUCUGCUUGACCACGGAUGUGGUCACGUGACUUUGCUUGACGCAUCACCGGGCAUGCUCGAAAAAGCAAGAGCGAAGGUAGCCGACUACAUCGAGUCCGGGAGGGUUAAAGAUAUAGUUGAGGCAAAGCUACCAAAGAUCCCAUUCCCGGAUGGAACAUUCGACGCUGUCAUGUUUAAUUUGGUUCUACAUCAUUUGAACACUGGAGUAGCGGGCGAUUGUCCGACCACAGUUGAGGUCCUAAAGGAAGCAAAACGAGUCCUGAAUUCAAUAAACGGUUGCUUGGUCAUUACCACUUCGUUACCAUCUCAAAUGGUAAACUGCCUUUGGACUUAUGAAAUGGUGCCAUCGCUUUUCGACAGAUACAACAAGAAAUUUAUUUCUGUAGAGCAAUGGCCAAUUGUCUUUGCAAAGGGCGGAUUUGAAUGCGUCCAGAGAGUGAAUGUUCUUGGUACGAAAUUCACAUUAUUCAAUAGUUAUUACAACUUUGAAGGCCCUCUUGAUCCGGAAUGGAGAAAAGGAACAUCUUGGUGGGCAAUUGCGACAGAAGAGGAACUGGCGACGGUAAGAGCAAAGAUUCUAGAUUUGAAGGCGAAAGGUGAACUGGAGAAAUGGUGUACAGAGCAUGAUCGGGUUUCAACGAGUGGGCUCCUAACGCUUAUGGUAGCAACGGUCCAGUAGAGCUUUGAUGUAUCCCAUAUACAAUAAUAAUUGAUAGGUUAUUUAGCAUUGUUUUAUACAAUACGGAGAUAUAUUAGGACAAGUACACAGCUGUUAAAACUAUAUAACGGCUCGUCCAAUAUGAUUUUCACAGCUAUGUGCGAGUCCAAAUUGAUCUCGUAUAGAACAAAACAAUGUUAAAUUACUUAUUUAUUCUAUACAUCUAUUAUUCCAAAUAUUUAAAUUAUAUUAUAUUAUAUAAAGGCGUUGAAAGUAGAUUUUUACAACAUUUUGAAGUUUUGUUUGCAAAUAAACGAGAAUUAAUCAUUGUAUUAAAGAUAAUUCAUAUCACUCUAACUUUAGGACGUCUGUCGAUCCCGAUUUUCAUUCGGAACCUUUUCACGCGUUUCGGUCUUUAUACUAGAUUUAACAUGGGAAAUGUGAAUCGUACAAUACGGAAAAAACAGGAUUUUUUUUGUACGCGCGUGAGUCCCGAUACAGAUGUAUAGUGUACGGUCACGUAUUGAAAACGAGAGUGUACGAUUGGACGUAUAAAUUUGGUAUAUAAUAAAGCUUGUUAUUUUAUGUUACCAUUAGCGAUAAUGUUAAACAUUGGCGCUUGGUGCCGCCGUAUAUAGGGAUACCAUUUUACGCUGACUGAUAACUAAUAUGAAAAAAUAAAUAAUAGGAGUUAGUGUUAUUAAACUAGCUAAUCUCAUUAAACAUUUUUCGAUUUACAUUACCUUUUUUUAAGAUAAGGACAGGCACUUAUCAGUUACAGUUUUUGGGCCACUGAAUUAUUUUCUUUGGAUUUUAUUUUUAUUGCCUGUAAACAGAAUUGUUAAAAAAAAAGGUAAAGCCAUGCUUGUCGCGCCUAUAGCAUUUCAACGCUUUUAGCCUUUUAUUUUAGGUCGCUAUGCUGUGUUUAUGAUUUCGUCUUUAUAUUUUUCAAACUCCAGCUUUUAUGCCAACCGGGUUUAUGUUUAAACUUUUUGCUACUGAGCAUGUUUCUGUAGCUUUUUGCAUAUAUAUUUUAAUGCAGGUAUUAGAUAUCUUAGUUUAACAUUAUUCAUUUCAUGAAAAUACACUAAAAGCUAAUAUUAUAACCUCUCUCCUAUUCAUUUGAGCUAAAGAGUCCCACGAAAACCCUAUUUACCAUGUAGCGGAAAUAAGAAACAUUCAUACGAAACUAUGUAAAAGUAACUUUUAGGGACAAAUUUCACAUUUAGUUUGCAUUUUCCAAACGAUAAUCUCAGUCAUUUUGUUUUUAUUCUAGCUAGUCAUUACACGAUUCAGGUAUUUUUGUCGUUACGGGUUUACCUGGUAUGGUGCUAACUGUUUUGCAUUAUUUUUUCUGUGUUUAAUGUAGAUUUUACUUACCCGUUAUUAUCUGUGUAUGACUAAUGUAGUUAUUAUGUACUCGGAAUACAUUUGUUACAAAUACAUGGAGUAUUAUAGAGAAUUGUAAACGGAGAUUAUUUUGUAAAUACACCUCUUUUUGGUAAAAUAACGAGGAAAACCAUUCUAGCAUGGGGUUGUUUAUGUCUAAAUAUGUUUAUUUAAAAAAAUGGAUUUUUGAUUUAAUUGUUUUACCACGCUUAUUAAAUUAAACAUGUCAAAUUAACCAUUUUCUUUUGAAUUUUGUUUGCUCGGUGCCUUAGUCUGGUGAUUGUGUUGUAACUCUAUUAUCUUACCUACCAUAAUCUGUGUUUUGCCAAUGCCAAAUGAUUAUAUAUAUU